AUGUCAACAACACAAAAUGAGCCUAUUCCUGAGGCUACAUCUCAGCAAACUCAACAAACCCAACAACCCGCGGAGCCUGAUAAAACCAAGGCAUCUGCCAGCAACCAAAAACCCGCAAAAAUUGACACGGUUGAAGCAUCGAAACCGGCCAAGCCCUCAGGCGCAGAAUUAAAAGCAAAAGCAAAAGCUGAGAAAGCACAAAGGCGAGCGCAAGCUAAGGCUUCAAAAGAAGUUGCUAAAGGAGAAGCUGCUGUAUCAUCUUCCCCUAACCAACUAGGUCCUUCUGCGGGUGAAGUGAAAGGGGGUAAAGUGAAAGGCAAACAAGAUGGUGGUGCGGCAACAGCACAAGGAGCCGCAGGAAGGCCAGUGGCAUCUAAGGGGCCUGCGCCUGUCCCCGCUGAGCCCAAAUUCACAAUACCUGAAUGUUUUACUCACCUAUCCAUGGCUAAGAGGAUGCCCACCACACAAGCAGAUAAGGACGUUCAUCCGACUGUCUUAGCGCUAGGCCAGCAAAUGGCUACCUUCACUAUUGAUGAGAGUAUCAUGCGACUUAAAGCGACCUUAUUGGCUUUCAAAAAGGUCAUCGACUCUUACACCACUCCUCCUGGCAACACACUCGCAAGACAUUUAACACCUCACGUCCUGAACCCCCAGAUUGAGUAUCUCACUGCAUGCCGUCCGAUGUGCUUUUCUAUGGGGAAUGCGAUUCGUUGGCUCAAGUUGCAAGUUAGCAAGAUCGACCCGGAUGUGCCUGAGCUGGAAGCGAAGAGGCAGCUGUGUGAUAGCAUAGACACUUUCAUCCAGGAGAGAAUCAGCAUAGCUGAUCUUGUUAUUACCGAGAAGGCCGCGGAGAAGAUACGCCCCGGCGAUACUAUUCUCACUUUUGGGUGGAGUACUAUCAUCGAACGUACUCUUCUGCAAGCUAGUUCCAUUGCCCAAAGGGAUUUUUCAGUUGUCAUUAUUGAUGACCCAUACGAGAAGAAGGGCCAGACACUAGCAAAGAAACUAGCUGCUGCGAAUAUUACGGUAUCGUAUUGUGGAGAUUUUGGUGGAUUGAAAUGGUAUUUGCAGAAAGUCACUAAAGUUCUUGUCUCUGCUGAGUCCAUGUUCAACAAUGGGUCGCUGUAUGCGCGAUCGGGAACUUGCGACAUUGCCAUCGCUGCGAUGCAGCUGAGUAUACCGGUUGUCGUCCUUUGUGAGACUAUCAACAUUACGGAGAGGGUAUCUACAGAUUCCCUUACGUACAACGAGAUCGACCCCGAGCGAAGUUCAGGCCUAUCGUUCAGAUUGCUAUACGACACCACUCCGGAUAAAUACUUGUCGCUUGUCAUAUCGGAGUUAGGCACCGUGCAACCGACAUCGGUACCGGAUUUACUACGAAAGCUCGAGGAGUCCAACUAG